CGCCACCAUUCGAUUAACUUCUUGAUGAUCUUUCACCGGGGAGUUUUACACUACUCGGGCACUUUCUCAAAACCCUCACGCUUUAAUUAGUGAUGGCCCCUUUCGUCGAGGAAUCGGCCGUGGAGGCCUCCCUCUUUGCUCAUACCAAACGAGCGCCCACAAAUCUGGUGGCACCAGAGCCAGAGCACUGUCCCGGCCCUGAAUCCGAACAAGCCGGCCAAGGCGAUGCUUGUGCUGGCUGUCCAAACCAACAAAUCUGCGCCUCCGCGCCGAAAGGCCCCGACCCUGAUAUCCCGAUUAUAACCGAGCGUCUCUCGCAAAUUCGACACAAGAUCCUGGUUUUGUCUGGCAAGGGAGGCGUGGGCAAGUCGACAUUCACUACCCUUUUGGCACACGCGUUUGCGGCGAACCCCGACUCGACCGUCGGCGUCAUGGAUACCGAUAUCUGCGGGCCUUCCAUCCCCAAAAUGAUGGGAGUGGAGACGGAGACGAUCCACGUGAGCAACGCCGGCUGGAGUCCAGUGUGGGUGACGGAUAAUCUGGGCGCGAUGAGUGUUCAAUUCAUGCUACCCAACCGUGACGAUGCGGUUAUCUGGCGUGGUCCGAAGAAGAACGGCUUGAUCAAGCAAUUCUUGAAGGACGUGGACUGGGGCGAGCUCGACUACCUGAUCGUCGAUACCCCGCCUGGUACUUCUGAUGAGCACUUGUCCGUCAACUCCCUGUUGAAAGAAUCUGGCGUCGAUGGUGCGGUGGUUGUGACCACCCCGCAGGAGGUAUCUCUGCUUGAUGUUCGCAAGGAAAUUGAUUUCUGCCGCAAGGCUGGUAUCAAGAUCCUUGGCUUGGUGGAGAACAUGUCUGGGUUUGUUUGUCCCAGCUGUACACACGAGUCGCAGAUCUUCCGCAAGACCACGGGUGGUGGCAGGCGACUAGCCAAGAAGAUGGGAAUCCCCUUCCUCGGUGCUGUACCCCUGGAUCCUAGGGUGGGUAUGGCUUGCGACUACGGAGAGAGCUUCGUGGAUAACUUCCCAGAUAGCCCUGCUUCGAAGGCUAUCAAGCGUGUCGUCCGUGCUGUUGGUGAGGCGGUCGGGGAAAACCCAGAUGACGUUCUUCCCGAAGAGAUGGUUGGCUGAAGUUUCUCUUGGGUUUUCAUUACGAUAUCUUUUUCUUUAUAGCGCUUUUGCAUGAGGCUAGGGUGAACUUGACGGAACGGCGUUUGGAACUAGAAUUUUAUUUGAUACCACGAAUCAUACGAGCAUUUGAGAAUAUCCAUUGGUCAUUCACUUUGUGAAGCUACUACUUCUGACGGAUCUUUUCAAACACAUGAUUCAGAGGA